UGUGUAGGAGCUGGCAGUGCUCCCUGCCAGUUCUCCGAUCCUGUCAGACCAUCCAGCGCCAGGCUCAGAGCUGCUCCACAGGCACCAUGAGAAGCACCCUACUGUUCAUAGCCAUCCUGGCCCUCAGCCUGCCUCAGAGCUUUGGGGCUGUCUGUGGGGAGUCACAGGAGCAGAUGGCACCUGGAGGGGACCACAGCAAGAAGUACUCGGACGUCUACCAGCUGCCCCCGUCGUUGCUUCAGAGACUCUAUGACAGCCGCUCGUUCUCUCUGGAAGAAUUACUCAAAGUGCUGAGCAAGGCUAGCAUGGAUCCUAAGGAAUUGUCACCUCCCCAGAAACGUGACAUGCAUGACUUCUUUGUGGGACUCAUGGGCAAGAGGAACAUCCAGCCAGACACUCCUACUGAUGUGAAUCAAAAGAAUGUCCCCAGUUUUGGAACCCUCAAGUAUCCCUCCAGUGCAGAAUGAGCACUUCUCUUCUGGACCGCUGGGCCGCAUCAUGAAGACACUGUUCCCCUGUCCCAAUUCCCAGGUGCAUACUCUCCUAUUUCCCUUUCUCUUCCCCAACUUCGUAACAUUCUU